AUGAUUGAAAAUGCAAAAUUUGCUGUAAUAAUAUUUCUUGUAUUCGAAAUACUAUCAUAUAAUAAAUACACGUCUUUAUUUAUUAAAAAAAAGAAUUCUGUUUUAUUUUAUAAAAACGAAUUCUCAUUUCCUAGGAAAAAUGUAAAAUUAACACAGUUUAUAAAUACUACAAAAUGUAAAUCCGAACAUGUAAAUAAACUAAACGAGCGUAAAAACGAGCGUAAAAACGAGCAUAAAAACGAACACAAAAACGAACAUAAAAACGAAUGUAAAAACGAACAUAAAAACGAAUGUAAAAACUUUAUUAAAGAUGUAAUUAAAAAGUCGAUAAACUUACCCGUCCAACUGCUCCCAACAACGUACAACAGCUUUGACAGGCAAAAAUAUGUUCAGCAUUUUUGGCACAGUGAAGGGGUGUACGAGAAGAGAAAUUUGAUAAAUGUAAAAAAAUGUGUAUACGAUGACAAGAAAAAUAAAAUGAAUGAAAUAAAAUCCAUAGAGAAUGGAGGGAGCUUGUUUGAGAGUAGAGAAGAAACAUUAAUAAACAAUUUGUUUAAACAGAUUAAAAUUACAACUAAUUUAAAAAAAGAAGCUAGUCUCAUGCAAUAUAUUUCACGUGAGUACGUAAAAAAAGGGAACUACAAAAAUGAGGAGAAUAACUACAAGUAUAAGAACAAGUUAGAUCUAAUAAUAAAUGAUACGAAUGAAAAGAAAAUGUAUAUAGAGAAAAACACUACAAAGAUUAUACUCAAACUGUAUGAUAAAGUACGUAAAAAAAUAAAAAUUAUACAUGAUGGACCCCCAUAUGCAAAUAACGAUAUACACAUUGGACAUGUAUUAAAUAAGAUAAUAAAAGAUAUAUAUUUAAAAUUUCUUUUAUUAAAAAAUUAUGUAGUAAUGUUAAUACAUGGUUUUGACACCCAUGGUCUACCUAUUGAAUACAACGUAAUGAAAUUACUAAAAAUAAGCAAAGUUGAUGAUUUAAAUUUAGAUACGUAUUCAUUAAAAAAUUGUAUUUGUGGGAGAAUUAUUCUUAAUGCAGAUACCAGCGCCUUACUCCAGUUGAGUAAACAGCUGGGGAAAAAAAAAAAAAUAAUAAAUGAAAACGAACAGAAACGGCAGGAAAAGCGGCAGCAACAGCAAGAACAAAUCCCCUUAAUGCGCAGUUUAUACCAUAAAGUGGAUUGCAUUCGGAGGGAUAAUGCUCUACAAAAGAAGAUAAAUUACUUUAAAAAUUUGUGUAAAUUAUACUCUUCUUAUUUUAUUAAUGAACAGUUCAUGUCCUUAGUUUCAUAUGGAAUAUGGGGUCAUUGGAAAUACUCGUAUGUAACCUUCUACAAACUGUAUGAACAAAUGCAGUAUAAAGUUUUCCAGAGCCUUUUAAAGCACAAAUACAUUUACAUGAGCAACAGACCAAUAUACCAUAGCUAUGCAACAAAGACAGUGCUCUCGGAUAGCGAAAUAAUUUACAAAAAAAGGACGAGCAAUUCUUUUUAUUUUUUUUAUAGCUUCAUGAAUAUAGGAGAUAAAAUAGUGUUACACAUUUUAAAAGAGUACAAAGAAAAUAAAUUAAUUAAAGAAAUUAUUCAACUGAAUGAAGAAGAAACACAAUUUUACUUGACCAAUUUUCACUCUAUUAUGGAAUAUAUGGGUUUUAAAAAAAAUCUUACCAAUACUAAUAGUGACAUAAAUUAUUACUUGUGCAGGUUAAAAAAUAAAAUAAUAAAUAAAUUAAAGUCAAGUCUUAAAAUAUUAGUUUUCACAACGCAAAUGCAUACCAUUUUUAACAAUAAAUGUUUGUUAAUACAUAAGGAAUAUUUAUACAGAAUUAUAAAAAUAAAAUUUGAAAAUUUACAGUGUCUUUUUUUUCUUAUAAGUGACAAGUCGUUUGACACUUUUUAUGAUUAUUUAAAGAAAUAUUAUUCUAAAAAAGAGAAAAUAAUCGAAGUAAAAACUAUUACUAUACUCAAGGGCAAUAACUUCACCUCGUGCACAUACCUUAAUUUUAUUAACAAGCAAGAAAAUAAUUUUGUGUUUCUUUCAACAAAUGAGAUUGAAGAAUCUUUCGGGUCAGGCAUUGUGCAUGUAGCUCCAUCGCACGGAUUUACCGAUUACAACGUGUAUUACAGAAAUAAUGAGUUGAAAAAGGUUUAUUUAGACGAGUCGUACUAUGAGGAUAUUAAAGGGGGGCAUAUCAGUGAUUUAGACAGAGGUGGCUCCCACCACGGAACUAGCUAUGGUAAUCUCCAUAGCGAAGUACGAAUGGCUGGAAGGCUUUCGCCUGAACGCGUUCAGGAUAAUUCAGAAGAGAAAAUAAACAUUUUCAAAAAGUGCAGCAAAAAUGUGCCAAAUAUUUCUGGCAAUGCAAAGAAGGAGGAAGAAAAGAACAACUUUUCGUUUGAUGUGAUUAAUCAAAAUGUAAUGGAUGAAAAUGACGAUUUGAAGAAUGAAUAUAAAGAAAUUAUUACAAAUAAUUGUAAAAGGAAUAAUCAUUUUAUUCAACAGUAUGAAGAUACGGAUCGGUAUAAUUUAAUACAAAAAAGAUUAGAGGAGAUGGAUAAAAUAAAUAUUAAUCAACAGGAUAUUCAUUUAUUAUUUUUUUACUCUUUUUAUGAUAAUAUUCUUUUUUAUUUUCCUUAUGAACAUUCAUAUACAUAUGACUGGAGAUCUCAUACCAGUGUGCACAUCAAAUCUUUGCUGCAAAUAUAUGUGGACAUAGAGAAAAUAAAAAAAAAUAUAUUUUUUAAAAAUAUUAAAAAGAUAAAUUUUGUAAAUAAAAAUGUGAAAAACAGUUUAAUAAAAACUAUUAAAGAUCGAAAUGAAUGGUGUAUAAGUAGACAAAAAUAUUGGGGAUUAAAUAUACCUUUAAAAGAUAUACAUAUAAAAAAGGAUCAGAAAAUAAAAUUUAAUGAACAAAUAAUGGAUGUAUGGUUUGAUUCGUCCAUUUCGUAUCUAUACAGUUUGUACAUGUGUAAGCAUAUUUUAUUCAAUAACUAUUUUAAAAAAAUUAUUUUAUCCCUAAAAAGGGGAGGAACAUACCCCAGUAAACUUGAUGGAAAAAAAAAAUGGUCUCUACAAAAAUGUAAAACAAACAAGAGGAACAGUACGGAUAAUAGCUGUUUUCCAUUUAAUAUAUAUAAUAUAUACGAGGAAAUUAUGAAAACGAAUAGCCGCUUCUACCAUUCAGUUAAUUCGAGGGAAAAUGCUUUACUUAAAAAUAUUAUGGAAAAAAAGAAAACAUUUGACCCAGGGUGGUUUCAGUCCUUCUUCUUUAUUUAUUUUACUUUAAAUUUAAUAAAAGGGAAAAAAGAGAAAGUUACUUGUUGGAAGAAUUAUUUGCCUAUUAAAAAUGUCAUUGUUCAUAAUUAUGUAGUUGAUAGGAAUAACAUUAAAAUGAGCAAAAGUUUAAAUAACGUUAUAUCACCAAGAGAGUUAUUCGGACAAGGAAGCGGGAAAAAAAUAGUAUUUGUAAAACAUUCAAACAGUGCAAAUAGUUCUAAUAAGUCGGAUAAUUCUAGUAAUUCGCAUAACUCGAAUAAUUCUAGUAAUUCGCAUAACUCGAAUAAUUCUAGUAAUUCGCAUAACUCGAAUAAUUCUAGUAAUUCUAGUAAUUCGCAUAAUUCGAAUAAUUCCACCUUUGUUGAAGAACAGACGGAGGGAACAAAUGAAAAAGGAGCUACAAAUUAUAGAAAUAGGAACUGUAGUGAUGAGAGGGACAAACAUAACAGCCAGAUGUGCAAGGCAGAAAAGGAGGCAAAUAAUAUACUGGGGGAUAAAUAUUGCAAAAACAGCACUGCCAAAAUUGUUGACAUGAAUGAAAAAUAUGGAAAUUAUAUCAACAGUGAAAAUGAUGAAAUUGAUGACAAUCAUAUCAAUGAUAAGCACAAUGAAAAUGAUGAUGAUAGGGAUAGUGAUAACAAUAAUGACCAUAAGGAUAAGAACAACCAUAAUGAUAAUUAUGACAAGUGCUCUGGUGUAACAAAAAAAAGAGAGAAAAAGAAUGACAUUGGUAAAAGCUUUAACGCAGAUAUCGUUCGACUGUGGUUAUGCUGUAAGAAUUUUGUAAACAGAAAUAUAUCGAUUAGUUACGAUAUACUAGAGAAUAUAAAUAAAUAUGUAUACUUAAAAAUAUAUAACACACUAAAAUUUUUAUUGAACAAUAUAUAUGAUUUAAAUUUUGCUGAUAAAAAAUUAAAAUUUAGCGAAAUUCAAAUUAUGGACAAGUUUAUAUUAUAUAAAAAAGAUAAGCUAAUUAAGCAUUCGUUAAAGGCUUAUAAUAAAUUUCAGUUACAAUUACUUAUUAAAUAUAUGUUAAAUUUUAUAUAUAGAGAUUUAGCCAUAUAUAUAGAUUAUAGUAAGGACAGACUGUAUAUACAUAAAAAGGAUUCGAUAAACAGAAAAAACUGCCAAAUCAUUUUUUAUAAAAUUUUGAUUGACAUUUUGAAAAUACUAUCUCCUAUAACACCACAUUUGUGCGAAGAUGUAUAUAGCACGCUUCACAGUUUAAAAAAUGGCAAAGCUGAUAAAAAAAAUGGUACGACUGUGAAGAAAAUUGUAAGUCAAGAUGUUGAACAGAAUUUUAAACAGAACGUUGAACAGAAUGUUGAACAGAAUGUUGAACAGAAUGUUGAACAAAAGGAUGGUAAGAAAAAGGCGAAAUCCAUCUUUUUACUUCCAUUUCCGAUGUUUCACAAUUAUAAAGAAAUAAAUUUAGAUAUUUUAUUUUUAAUAAAAUACUACAUUCAUAAACAGCUGAGGGCCCACGUGGCAAAUUCAUUACAAGCAUUAGUUUACAUUUAUUCUGAAGAUAACGAUUUAAUUAGUUUGUUAAGAUCCUUUUUAAAAACACAUGACCCAUUGGCAGCUUUUAAUAAUUAUGAUGAUCUGCGUUUUCUAUUUAAUGUAUCUAACAUAUUUAUAUGUGACAAAUUAAUGUAUAUACAAAAGGUAGACACAAAAUAUAAAACGUAUAAAAUACCAUUGUGUUAUAGUAAGCAUAAUGAGGAGGCGAAAAAAAAUGUAGGCGAUUUUUUUCAAACAGGCCAAAAACAGAAUUUCGAAGACUUGAUAAAUUUUGAUGAAAGUACCAAACAUGCUUACAUUAAUAUAGGGAUAAAGAAAUCCGAGUCCAAGAGGUGUUCCAGGUGCUGGAUGUACGGUACGGUGCACUCGUUUGAAGGAGAAUUCUUUUGCCCAAGGUGCCUUGAUGUUAUUAAGUCGUAUUAUAACUAA